AUGGUUGGCUUUGUGCGAGAACAGAGAAUAAGUAGAAUCUUGAUCGAUGAUGGGUCUGGUGUCAAUAUUCUCCCAAUUCGUACUAUCAAAGAGCUUGACAUACCGAUGGAUGAACUAUGUGAAAGUCGUUUGAUGAUUCAAGGGUUCAAUCAAGGGGGGCAAAGAGCUAUAGGGGCUAUCAAAUUGGAGAUAAAUAUGGGAGAUUUGCAUUCGAGUGCAUGGAUGCACGUGAUUGAUGCAAAGACCUCAUAUAAUAUCUUGUUAGGAAGGCCAUGGAUAUACGAGAACAAAGUGGUUUCAUCCACCUACCAUCAGUGCUUGAAAUAUUGCGAAGAUGGGGUCGAAAAGAAGAUAGUUGCUGAUGAUAAGCCCUUUAUUGAGGCUGAAUCAUACUUUGCCGAUGCAAAAUUCUACUUAAAGAAUUACGUCUCAAAGGAGGUUAAGGUUGAUGAAGUAAUAUUGACCAAAAUUGUUGCAAAGAAGGUUGAGGUCACAACUAGCAAGGAAAAUAUUACAGUUGACCAGGUGCUUCAUUAUCGGAACAAGAUGAAUAAGGCAUCUUCAAGUAAGAAAGUGGCUCAUCUUCUUCGCUAUGUCCCGAAGACAAGGAAGAUCGAAGAUCCAUCUUCUGAACUACAAGGUAAGGUGAUAGGAGACUUGACCCUUUCUAUCAAGCGAAUAGAUGCAAUUAAGUCAUCAACAAAGUUGCUUAAAGGGUUUGUCAAAUCAUCAAGCCACAAUUCGCUUCUAAAUCUAGUACUUCAUGCAAAGCGCACAGAUAAGGGUUUUGACCCAAACGCCUACAAGUUGUUGGCAAAAGCUAGAUAUGAUCCCAACGAACCAUCCAAGUUGGGAAAGCUCCCGCCUGAAGCUUCAAAGCCUACUCAAAAGAUGAUGAUGGAGAAAGGGUACCCACUAAAGCAAUCACGUGAAGGAUUGGGUUACAAACAACCCCCGCCAAUCCGUAUCUCCAUUAAAAGGGCAAGUUAUAACUACAUUACUACUAAAGAAGUGUCUAUGACACUUAAUAAGAAGCCUUCUGUGUUUGAUCGACUUACGAAGACAAGGACCUCAGUCUUUGAUAGGUUGGGACCACUGAAGAAGGAAAACAAGCGUCAUGGAAGCGAUAGAAGGAUUGGAGCACCUAUCUUCGCUAAAAAGGAGAUUUUAACCACACAAUGCCCAACCGAGGAAAAGUGCCUUGAUAUUCAUGUGUGUCGUCACAUAUCUUUCAAUGAUGGUGAUCCUCAAGAGGAUGAAAACGUUAAAGAUGCACAACCUGAGCUUGAAGAAGGGGUGAAGACAACGGUUGAUGCACUAAAAGAAGUCAAUCUCGGAGUAGUUGAAGAUCCAAAGCCCACAUAUAUAAGUGUCUCUCUAACUAAUGAUGAAGAGGGCAAAUAUAUUGAGCUACUUAAGGAAUUAAAAGACGUAUUUGCUUGGAGCUACAAGGAAAUGCCAGGUUUAGACCCCAAAGUGGUUGUUCAUCAUCUUGUUGUCAGACGAGGUGCUCGUCAUGUGAAGCAAGCACAACGUCGCUUCAGACUUGAACUGGUUCCCUUGAUUGAAACUGAAGUUAACAAGCUUAUUGAGGCUAGUUUUGGUGAAUUUCCUCUUCAUAUCCCUGAGCUCAUGAUUAAUGCAACAACUGGAUAUGAGGCGAUGUCUUUCAUGGAUGGUUCAUCAGGAUAUAAUCAAAUUCGCAUGGCACUGAAGGAUGAAGAACUUACUGCCUUUCGUACCCCUAAAGGUAUAUACUGCUACAAGAUAAUGCCUUUCGGUUUGAAGAAUGUUGUUGCUACAUAUCAACGUGCCAUGCAAAAUAUUUUUGAUGACAUGCUUCAUAAAAACGCAGAGUGUUAUAUUAACGACUUGGUAGUAAAGUCAAGGAAGAAAGAUGAUCACUUGCAAGAUUUGAGGAUGGUAUUUGAACGACUUCGGAGAUACCAACUCAGAAUGAAUCCGUUAAAGUGCGCUUUUGGAGUUACUUCUAGGAAGUUCCUCGGUUUUAUUGUUUGA